AUGAAGGAGGUUGUGAGCAACAUUCAAGUUAGAAUUGACAACUUCCAAACUCAAGACUUAGGACCUAGUUUGUCCCGAAUCAAGGUUUCUAAACCCAAAUCAUACUCCAAGGGGUAAGAUGCUAUGCUGAUCAAAAACUUCCUCUAAGAUCUAUAGGGGUAUCUCAAUGCUAAUACUUUUUAUGAGAAAGAGAGUUUUUCUUGGCAAUUUAUUUUUGGUUGGGCAUAUUAAGACUUGGUGAAGGCUCCAAACCAAAAAUCAUUUGAGACCACUAGUGAUAGGGUGGGAUAAAUUCAUCAAGGAGAUUCGAGAGCAAUUCUUUCUGGUGAACUCAAGAUAAGCCAUUUGCACAACUAUGAGGUAAUUGAAGCACACUAGAGCUAUAUAAGAGUAUGUAGAAAAACUAGAGGUACCCAAAAUGAAUAAAGAUGAUAAACUACAUUACUUAAUGAAGGGAUUACAUGUUGGCUCAUAAUGAAAUCUAGAGAUAAGGUGUCUAAGACAUCUAAAGAGCUAUGAUUGUGAUAGAUAAAUUGGUUGACAACUAAUAUUAGCAGCAAAAUGACAAUGACGAGACACCCCAAGAAAAUAAGGGUCACAACAAUAACAUAAAAUAGAGAGGAUCAACCAUAAUAGUGAAGUGCUAGGAACAAACUAAUAGAGGGCAAAAUGGAGGCACCUUGUAAAUCUAGAGCCCAAAGUAGAUGAGUUGUCAAGUUUGUUAGGGGCCCCACCAUAGAGUCGAUUGCUCUGACUGAGUAAAUCAUCACAUGGCAAGAGCCUAACUCAACCCUAUAACAGCACAAUAGUAGUCAUCACUAGUGAUCGAAGUGGUACUAAAUUUGAACACCAUUGAACUUUUGAAUGCAGUGCAAGCUAAGGUCAUAUAAUCAGUCCUUAUAAGACUACUUUUUCGUGGAGGCAAUAAUCAACGCCAUCACAAUUAAGACGUUAGUGGACUCAAGGGCCACUCAUAAUCUUAGCCUUAGACUAAGUUUGGUCCAAAUAAAUAAGAAGAUUAAGGCUAUCAACUCUGAGGCCCAAGCAUAUAUUGGGCUAGCUUGAUAAGUGAAGACCCAGAUGAGUAUAUAGGAAUAUUAACUGAAUUUCUUAGUCUUAUAGAUGAAUGACUUCAAUAUUGUCCUUGAAAUAAAUUUUAUCAUCAGGGCGAAGACAAGGAUCUUCUUUCACUACAAUGAGCUUAUUAUAUGUAGAAGAGACUAAUCAUAUUUCAUGCAAAUCCACAUGGGAGGUAGAGAAACCUCAACUAAUCUUGACUAUACAAUUUAAAACUGAUCUUUAGUGAGAUACUAACACAUUCCUCAUCACCUUAUGAGCAAUAGAAGAGAAAGAGAAGCAGGUGGAUCAUCCUCAUGUAUUGUCUUUAUUCGAUGAAUUUAAUGAUAUUAUGCCCAAGUUGCAUGCUAUCUUACUACUUAGGCGAGACAUAGAACAUGUCAUUAAAUUGUUAUUAGAAGAACACUCUCUGACCAAGGCCCCAUACAAAAUGCCUUUGGCACACUUGGAAUAAUUGAAGUAGUUAGAAGAACUACUAAGGGAGAGACAUAUGUGCUCCUUGGACACCAUUUGGUGCGCUGAUUCUCUUUCAAUGAAUGAAAGAUAAGAACACUAAGGCUUUGUGUGGAUUAUAAGGCCUUGACGAAGAUUAUUGUGAAGGAUAAGUACUCAGUGCCUAACGUGAAGGACUUGUUCAAUUAGUUUAGAGAGUCAAAGAUUUUCUCAAAGCUAAACUUAAAGAGUGGGUACCAUCAAGUCCGCAUCAAGGGAGGAGAUGAGUAGAAAAUAGCAUGUGUCACACGCUAUGGGUCAUAUGAGUAUACGAUGAUACCUUUGGGUUGACAAAUGCCUCAAUGAUAUUUUAUGCUCUAAUUACAUUUUUGACCUUUUUAAGACAAAUUUUUUAUAAUAUACUUGGAUUAUAUCUUGGUAUGUAGUCAUAAUAUGUAAGAACACUUGUCAUACUUACAAGAAGUAUUAGAAAUCUUAAAGUGUCAUCAGUUCUAUUUGAACCUUAUAAAAUAUAACUUCACUAUCACAGAAGUGAAAUUCAUUGGCCACAUAGUUGAUAGAGGGAGAGUACACAUGGAUCAAAAAAAAGUGAUGACAAUCAAAGAAUGAUUGACACUCUAAAAGGUGGUCAAAUUGAGGUUUUUCUUAGGGCUUGUUAAUUAAUAUCACAAGUUCAUUCGGAGUUUUUCUUAAAUAGUUGCACCCCUAAUAGAGCUCCUUAGGAAGGAUAAGAAGUAAGUAUGGUCUGACGAUUGUCAAUAUGCCUUUAACGACCUACGUGCAAUAGUCACGAAAAAACAUGUACUUCAACUUCUAUACUUCAACAAAUCUUUUGAAGUUUAUAUCGAUGUAUCAAAAGUAACUAUAAGAGUAUUAUUAAUAUAAGAAGGACACUCGAUCGCAUUCAAAGGUCAAAAACUAAAUAAUUUGAAAUAAUAUUACUCGGUACACGAGAAAGAAAUAAUAGUAGUGAUUCACUACCUAUGAGUAUAGAGUCACUAUCUUCGUAGCAAUCAUUUCAUUGUUUAUACUAACAAUGUGACCACUAGCUACAACAACUCGCAUAAUAAGUUAUCUCUUAAAUAUGCAUAGUGACAAGAUUUCUUAGGAGAGUACAACUUAUUACUCAAAUACAAGUUUGGAUGCACCAAUAUAGUAGUGGACACUUUGAGUUGUUGGAGAGCCACAUAUGAAGUGGUUGCCUUCUUGAUUAGUACAAGAGACUUACUAAAUGACAUAUAG